UUCAUGCGCAGUCAAUUUGUCGAGUAGUAGGUAAUAGAAAAGAUGAAUCGUUGGCGUGGAAAGGUAGCGAUGGUAACCGGUGCCAGUAGUGGCAUCGGUGCCGAGAUAGCCAAGAUUUUGGUGAAGAAUGGCGUUAACGUGGUCGGUGUUGCAAGGAAUAUGGAAAGAUUGGAGAAAAUUGGGGAGGAGAUCGGGAGGAAUGAUAAGUUUUUCCCGGUUAAAUGCGACGUCACGAGGGAAGAGGAUAUCCUGAACGUGUUCCAGUGGAUCGAGAAGAAAUUUAAGGGCAUUGACAUUUUAGUGAACAACGCCGCUAUCUUUCACACCGGUUUUUUCAUUGAUCAGAAAACCGAAGACUAUCGUAACAUAUUAGAUACUAAUUUACUAGCUCCCGCGAUAUUCUCACGAGAAGCUGUAUUGUCUAUGAAAAAACGAGAUGCCCAAGGUCAUAUAAUCAAUAUUUCAAGCAUUGCCGGUUCUCACUUCGACGCUAUAUUUGUACCAAUCGGUUUAUAUGGAACGACUAAAAGCGGUAUGCAGGGUUUAAGCUCAGAACUUCGACACGAAAUCAUUCAGAAUAAAUUGAACAUCAAAGUCACGAGUAUCAAUCCAGGGCUUGUAACGACGAAUAUGACGAAUGAUUUAAUUAAAGAAAGAGCAAAGCAAAAUAUUUGCACGUAUUCAUUAGAAGCUAUAGAUAUUGCCGAGGCGGUAAUUUACGUGCUAGAAACACCGGAAAGAGUGGAAGUUCCACAAAUUACUUUAAUACCGCAUAAGAGUCCAUUUAUUCUUUCCAAAUAAAAAAAUAUGAAGUAUCAUAAAUGAUAGGCCAGAAUUUGAGGUUAAAAGCGGAUAGGAAAUGAUAUGAAUAGCCACGUCGAAAAGAAAAAUUAAUUCAAUCAAGAAAAAAAUCGAUAUAUUAUUAAUUAAUUGUAUUGAAAAAAA